AUGGUCCUUCGCCCAGAUGUUAUAGCAUGGGUUCUUGUGUGGGCGUUCUGGCUUGGGCAGAGUUACGUUUUAUCUGCUCCACUCACCACUUCUACAUCCGGAGCAUCAUUGGCCUCUACAUCUACUCGAAGUUCCAACCCAACCUCCAAUCCCUUUCCUUAUGGUAACAGCGACGCUGCCAAUUCCGAUCCUUCAACUACCAUCAUCAUCGUCUGCGUAGUCGGAAGUCUUGCACUCCUGGGAGGCGCGUGGGGCAUGUACUCCUGCCUGGUUUCGAAACGGAAACCUCCGACGCCUACCGUUGUAGGAUCUGGAGGAACCAACACCGAGCCAACUACAAUGAUCUAUAUCCCAGGUGAACAACCGGCGAUGGCCGCCAUUCCUGCUUUGCGAUACGAUGCGCCACUGGCUCCAACUCAAGUUGACAACGAGGCUCUAGAAGUUGGACCAGGGGUGAUAUUACCGCCACCUCCUGCCUACGACGUUGCAACCGCGGGGCAACCAUUUUCUCAGGCCGGAGAAAACCCUGCAUCACCCCCUGAGUUGAAACGGGAACGUACCGAGAGUAUGUGGAAGGAUCUGUUGGUGUCUCAAGGCCGGAGUUAA